UUACUUAAUGAACAGGAACGGGUUCAAGGUCCGACCCUGAUAUAGUUACACCUGACGGGCUGUGUCCGCUUGCAGAUAAUGAUUGUGGCAUGUGGAUCGCGGCGCUCAAGCCAACUUUAUGCUGCUGAAAGACGAGUUGCCAUGGACAGGAAACGGAUAUUAUCAGUGGCUGCAUGUGAGCCCUUAAGUUCCUGACUUCAUAUCGAUGGAAUGCGUUUAAAUUUGCACUUAUCGAAAACCCUGAGGCCCUCGUUUUCAAAGCUGUGUUCAUCAAAUAGUAAUGUAGCCGACAUCACGUCGAACUGCCAUAAGGAACAAAAGCGCCUAACUAAUACUAUUUGUAAGUUGAAGGCUUCUGCCUCGUUCUGUCUUCUUCUUCCCUCUACCUAUUAUGUCGCCGCUCUUCAAGGCAUGGUCGUUGAUAGUGGUCCUGGCAGCAGCAGUGCUUGUACCCAGAGGUGCAUUUGCCCAGAUGUCCAAUGUGAUAUGCCUGUCCUCUUAUGGUUGGAUGAACAACAGCCUCCAACAGAACCCUUGCGUGGUCGCUUCCUACCUCGAGAGCGUCUGCAAUGGCGGAGAUUUUUCAAUCAGUACUUUACCUCCCGACUCCCAUUAUGCAGCUCCCACGGUAGCUGAAGCCAAUCCUUGCGAAUGUAGUACGGUGACCUACUCGCUGGUUAGCGCUUGCGGUGCUUGCCAGAACGCCACGUAUUUGACCUGGUCUUCUUGGAGCUACAAUUGCUCCUCGGUAUCCAACCAACAAUUUCCGGAUGAUAUUCCGUCUGGCACCGCGGUUCCAAAUUGGGCAUAUCUGGCCAUGACCGCUACGGGAUUCGACCCUACCGCAGCGCAAGCAGACGGAGAUUCCCCGGAAUCUACCGCAACAAAAGUGCAAUCUACUGCUACAGUUGCUAACCCGAGCAGCGCGUCUGCUUCUUUGACCGGUUCUUCGGGCGCGGCCACAGGAUCUUCGACCACAUCAUCAGCAUCAACUAAAUCGACAAGUUCAAACGCUGGAGCUAUAGCUGGGGGUGUUGUUGGUGGAGUUGUAGGAGCUGCACUCAUCAUAGGUCUUGCGACUUGGUUCAUUAUAAAACGCCGUCGCUCUGCCACAGCGCCAUCGGCCGCUUUCAGCGACAUUGGCGGGGGUGCAGGAUACACUCAAAGUGUUUAUUCCCCUAACACUCAUUCGUUCCCAACGCAACCCCAAAUGACGCAACAACGUCUCUACGACCCAUCUGACCCGUCCACUUUCCCAGGUUCGCCUCCCUCCCCCACCGUCCUGACCACCGCAUCUAGCAACAUAUACCAAAACCCAUCCAUACCGUCACAUGUGUUUUCCCAACAGUCGCGCCCAGGGCAGUACAGCGGUACUCCGGAGAUCUAAUGCGAGCCUGAAGAUGAACGACCAUUGGAUAUGACCCCCCUCAUAAUUUGAUGACAUUGCACUAACAGAUUUAUGUAACUGUGGGUUCGUCUGUCAUUUCUUGCAUCAGUACUUAUUAUUGUACAUUCACUUGAACCUCGGUAUUGGCUCUCAAUUAUCCAUUGGAACUUUAAAUCUAUUGUCUAGUAGGACCAUUGUAACAUGAAAACGAAAGUAUCGUGUACUCAAACGAUCAUGCAUGGAGCCGAGCGGAAGCGCUCGACGUUUAGAUUCUUCGUUAUUUGCCAUGGAGGCAUCCUGCCAACGAUCUAUCUAGAUUUCUAAUACCAGGAAGUUAUGACACAAUCAUAUUGCAUCCUCCCUUCU